GGAGGCGCGCUGUGUGGAUCUGAGCAAGUGGAGCAAUCUCUUGAGGCUUCGAAAGACAGCGAUGACCAGACCAGGCCCCGGGGUCCAGCGAAUGAUGCCUUCGGAGAGCGGAGCUGAGCGCCUGGAUGGGGCGGCUGCACAGGUGGGAACGGCUGUGGCCUCGGCAGUGACCACGGCUGCCCCGGCAGGCGGCGGCGCCGACCCGGAGGCUUCAUCGGCCUCCCCAGGACGGCACCUGAGCAGGCUGGGCUGGCCACAGGUGAAGCGGCUGGACGCACUCCUGAGCGAGCCGAUUCCCAUUCACGGGCGCGGUAACUUCCCCACGCUGAGCGUGCAGCCCCGGCAGAUUGUGCAGGUGGUCCGAAGCAGCUUGGAGGAUCAGGGACUACGAGUGCACAGUGUGCGACUGCACGGCUCUGCUGCCAGCCAUGUGCUGCAUCCUGAAAGUGGCCUUGGCUACAAGGACUUGGACCUGGUGUUCCAGGUGGACCUGCACAGCGAGGCAUCCUUCCAGCUGACCAAGGCAGUGGUGCUGGCCUGCCUGCUGGAUUUCCUGCCGGCCGGGGUGAGCCGGGCCAAGAUCACACCACUGACACUCAAGGAGGCGUAUGUGCAGAAGCUGGUGAAAGUGUGCACGGACACGGACCGCUGGAGCCUCAUCUCGCUGUCCAACAAGAGUGGCAAGAACGUGGAGCUCAAGUUUGUGGACUCGGUGAGGCGCCAGUUCGAGUUCAGCGUCGACUCCUUCCAGAUCAUCCUCGACUCCCUGCUUCUCUUUGGCCAGUGCUCAUCCACACCCAUGUCUGAGGCCUUCCACCCCACUGUGACAGGGGAGAGCCUAUAUGGGGACUUCGCUGACGCCCUGGAACACCUGAGGCACCGGGUCAUCGCCACACGCAGCCCCGAGGAGAUCCGUGGCGGCGGCCUCCUCAAGUACUGCCACCUCCUGGUGCGAGGCUUCCGGCCACGGCCCAGUACUGAUGUACGAGCCUUGCAGCGGUACAUGUGCUCCCGCUUCUUCAUCGACUUUCCCGACCUGCUGGAGCAGCAGCGCACUCUGGAGCGCUACCUGGAGGCCCACUUCGGCGGGGCAGAUGCAGCCCGCCGGUACGCCUGCCUGGUGACACUGCACCAGGUGGUCAAUGAGAGCACUGUGUGCCUCAUGAACCAUGAGCGCCGCCAGACGCUGGACCUCAUUGCCACACUGGCGCUCCAGGCACUGGCUGAGCAGGGCCCUGCUGCCACUGCUGCCUUGGCCUGGCGCCCUCCAGGCCCUGAUGGGGUUGUGCCAGCCACUGUCAACUACUAUGUGACCCCGGUGCAGCCUUUGCUGGCUGGUGCCCACUCCUCCUAUCCCACCUGGCUGCCUUGCAACUGACUCAGACCCUGGCCACAAAGGACUGGGCCUCAUGAGGUGGGGCAUUGUCACCAGGAGUAUGUGGACAGUAUAACCAGAGACAGGCCACCUCUGCCAGCUGGCCCAGCACUGCUGCAGGGUUGGGCCUUUGAUUGAAAAGACCAGACUUCCCUGAGUGAGGCCCCUGUGGGCUUAAGGCCAAGCUGAGCUUCUUGGCAGAAGAACCCUUUGGUCAUUGCACCCUACUUUUGGACCAGCAUGAUUGAGGGGUGCAGGGGCUACUUGUCUUGAGGGUUGAUUGCCUCCAGGAGACAAAGCACAUAUGGGUGGUAGUCUCAAUUCCUCACACCUUGGGUUAAUUUCCACUCUAGAAAGGGUCCUUUUGACUCGGGUCAAGGAUUCCAGCAGCCCCCAAGAGCCUACAACCCACACACUGGCUAAAUAUGGUGUUGUGACAGGGACUAUUCACUUUGGGCCAGAUUGGACCACUAACAGAGCCUGGUGGUCCAACCUGGCUAAUCACUGGGAAGAGGGAAACUGAAGCAUGAGGCAGAUUCCUGGGUGUGGGGACAAAUGGGUUUAACCCAAUCUCCUGAAACCUGUACCCCAAGCUGUGAAGCAGUCUUCCUCUUGAGGGGUCAAGGUGUGCAGAGGAAAGGUACCAAGUAACCAGGGUGGGUUGCAGCCCACACCCCUCCCAGUGUGACACCCCUUCUCUUGUGUUGUAAGGAGCCCUGCUGCCCGGAAACUUGUGUUGGAGGGUGCUGGGCCUAAAUGUGCCACAGUCAAGUAGAGUACACCUACCCCGCUGGCUUGGUUAUAGGACUCUCACAUUGUAGGAAGGGGACCCACCCCCCUACCACCUUUUCCAUUCCUCAGGAUUUGUUGCUAUUUUGCACUCUUAACACCCACCAAUAAAGAUUGUCUACACUGACCCUAGUAGUGUGCUUUCUCCAAGGAGAAGGACCUCUGUGGCUGUAGGGGCUGCCUUUGCCUCUCCAGUCUGAGUUUGACUUGUAUUGUAGGAGUGACAACAGGGGUGGGACUUGAGAUCUGGGCAUGGCUGAGGGAAUGGCCCCUCCUUCCCUCCACACCA